GAAUACUUUAAAAGCAGUGGAGCUAGCAUCAAUUACGCUAAAUCUAUAUUGAUCGUAAACAACAAUAUAAUACCGUUCAAACAACCAGCAGUAGUAAUACCAUCCAGGACAAAAACCAUGAUACCCAUAAAGGUGUCAAACACAGAAAUAAAAACCGGUUUUGUCCCAAAACUGCAGCUUCACCCACAACUAUAUAUGGGGAAUGCUGUAGUCACGAACCGGGAUGGCAUAGCAUUUCUAUACGCAAUCAACGUUGGAGCAGAAGAUAUAGAAAUUGAAAUGCCAGCUGUUGAACUGCAACAAUAUGAAGAAGCACCACAAGAUGAAGAUGCAGUCCACCAAGAACCUGAGCGAGCCCAAAAGAUUCUAAAGAUACUACAGACAGACCAUCUAAAUCAAGAAGAAUUUGCCAAUGUAGAGGAUAUAGUAAAAGAGCACGCUGACAGAUUUUAUAUAGAUGGAGAUAAGCUCCCAGCAACAAAUAAAAUCUACCAUAGAAUCAUCACAACGGAUGAGAUGCCUGUAAACGUUAAGCAAUACAGGUAUCCUCAUGCGUUAAAAGACGAAAUCAAUCAUCAAGUAAAUGAUCUCCUUGAGAAAGGAAUAAUCAAACAUUCAUCGUCACCAUUUAACUCCCCCUUGUGGAUAGUACCUAAGAAACAGGAUUCACAGGGAAACAAAUUGUGGAGAUUGGUGAUUGAUUUCCGAAAGCUAAACGAAAAAACAAUCAGCGAUGCCUAUCCACUACCCAAUAUUACAGACAUCCUGGAUCAAGUGGGAAGCGCAAAAUACUUCUCCGUGUUUGAUUUGAAGUCCAGUUUUCAUCAAACACCAAUGCAUCCAGAAGACAAGCAUAAGACGGCAUUUUCGACACCAUUUGGGCACUUUGAAUUCAACAGAAUGCCUUUUGGGUUGAAAAAUGCUGCAGCUACGUUCCAACGUCUGAUGAACAACGUCCUAGACGGACUGCAAGGACUGGAACUAUUCGUGUUCAUUGAUGACAUUGUAAUUUAUGCAAGUUCGUUACAAGAACACGAAACCAAAGUCAAUAGGAUGAUGGCAAAGCUCAGAGAAGCAAACUUAUGCUUGCAACCUGACAAAUGCCAAUUUCUGAAGAAAGAAGUAGCGUACCUGGGUCACAUAAUUACAGAAGACGGUGUAAGACCUGACCCAGCAAAGGUUGAAGCAGUCCAGAGGUUCCCCAUUCCUAAGACUGUCAAAAACAUUAGACAAUUUCUGGGAUUGUGCGGAUACUACAGACGCUUUAUUAAAGACUUCUCUAAGAUAGCCAAGCCAUUAUCCGACCUGACGAAGAAAGAACAAAAAUUCGAGUGGUCCAGCCAACAGCAGCAAGCCUUCGAAUUCUUGAGAAACGUACUAUGCGAAGAACCGAUCCUGCAAUAUCCAGACUUUGAGAGACCAUUUAAUAUAACCACUGAUGCAUCCGGAACAGCGGUAGGAGCAGUCCUAAGUCAAGGAGAGAUAGGAAAGGAUCAGCCAGUAGCUUACGCCUCAAGAGUAAUGAAUAAGCCGGAAACGCAAUAUUCCGCAACAGAGAGAGAAUUACUUGCUGUAAUAUUUGCAGUAAAUCACUUCAGACCAUAUAUAUUUGGCAGGAAGUUUUAUCUAAUUACAGAUCACAAACCAUUGAUCUGGCUAAAUAGUCUCACAGAUCCUACAUCGAGACUCAUGCGAUGGAAAUUGAGAUUGAGCGAGUACGAUUAUGAAAUAAAGUACAAACCAGGCAAACAAAAUAUAAACGCUGACGCUCUUUCGAGAAAUCCAAUCGAAGAUAUAAACGCCCUGCAAAUACAUGCUAAGAGGCUGCAUUCGUCUACGUCUGGGUCAAAAAAGAAGCGUAAGAAGAAGAAAGAGUGGCACCAAUAUCCCACUCGCCCCAGACAAACGACGACCACUUCAGAAUCGGGCAAACACAAGAAAAGGAAAGAGUGGCACCAAUAUCCCACUAGCCCAAGACAAACAACAACCACGUCAGAAUCAAGAGAAUUCAAAAAGAAAAAGGAAUCACACCAGUAUCCUACCAGACUCAGACCAACAACUACGACUGAGUCUGAAGAACACAAAAAGAAAAAAGAAUGGCAUCAAUAUCCUAGAAGACCAAGGCCAACAACUUCAUCUAGUUCACGGGAUAUUAAGAAAAGGAAAAUAAGCCAUAAACAUUUAACACGACCACGAGACGAUUCCUCAGAAUUCGAAACAAGAAAAAAAUAUCGGAAAGACAGGAUACGAGAAAGAAGUUUUUCUCAAGAGGACAACGCAACAAAGAAAAGAGUAAAAGAGGAUUAUACAAGCUCAGAUGAAUCUCAAUAUUAUGAGACAGAUGUAUCUGAAGAGCCACCAAAACCAAGAAAAAGAACAAAUUUAAAUCCAAAAAUAUAUUCCUCUGAAGAGAUCAGAAAGAAAAGAAGACCUAAUGAACAGCAAGUCAUUGUAGAAGUACAUCAACCACCACAGGAUCGAAAAUAUAUCAUUCCACAGAAAAGACCUAUAAAUAGGGAACCAGUAAUAAUUGGAGAUGAAAUAGAAGAAUACAACGAAGAAACAAUUAUACCAAAACACAUUUUCAGAGAACCACCUAAAAUCGAUUCUUCUUCAAGCACAAGAGGAAAAUCUCCAAUUAAAAUUUCUAAACCACAAAGCAACAUCAUGCAAUAUAAAAUCAAAAAUAGAUUAAUUUUUGGAAUAAUAGUAGAAUCUAGAGAAACAUUACCACAGAAAAUUAAAAUUCUUCAUCAAAUAUUACUCCAAAAAGGAAUCCAGGAGUGCAGCAUGCCAAAUAGACAGGGUUUAAAAGCAAUUCUCCAGAUAGUCUUUGCAGACUCUAAUAUCAACAUCACUAUCUGCAAAGGAACGGUCCAAAUUCCACCUAAAGAGGAAAGGAAAAAUAUAAUUAGGGAAAAUCAUGAAAGCCCAGUCGCAGGACAUAAAGGUAUCAGGAAAACUUACCUUAGAAUCAGGAACAAGUAUUAUUGGAAAAACAUGAAAAAAGAAAUUACCGAUUACGUUAGAUCCUGUAUAAGCUGCCAGCGAACCAAGCUAGUAAGGAUGAAGAAUAAGGAGCCAAUGGUUAUCACAGACACUCCUUCAGACGCAUUCGAUAAGGUGUCCCUAGACAUUCUUGGACCCUUGCCAAUGACACAUAAAGGAUACAGUUACAUCCUCACUAUACAGGAUAAUUUAACCAAAUACUCCGUCGCAGUUCCACUUGUAUCAGCCACAUCCGAGGACGUCGCAAGAGCAUUCACUAAUUCAUUCAUAUGCCAGUUCGGUAGUCCUAAAGCUAUCCUCACUGAUCAAGGGACGUGCUUCACAUCCUCGCUAAUCAAAAAGCUAGCCAAAAUCUUCCAUAUCAAGACGUACCGUACAUCAUCCUUCCAUCCUCAGUCAAACGGGUCCCUGGAAAGAAGCCAUCACGUUCUGGUUGAAUAUUUAAAACACUACAUAUCUAAACAAGAACAUUGGGACGAAUGGCUACAGCAAGCAAUGUUCUCAUACAACACAAGUGUUCACGAGGGAACAAAAUUCACACCUCAUGAACUGGUUUAUGGAAAAAAGAAUUUUAAACCUACCGCCAUAUUGCGCAAAGAACGCUUAAAAGCAAGGCACACGAAAAAGAGACGCUACUGA